AAGGCAAGGGAAGGACGAGACAGGAGCGUGUCAUUGCUUUUGUACGCACGCACCUGGACUCUCUGGGAUUUUGCUUUCAGUGACAAUCGAGUUUACAACAGAGUGAUUUUCACCUCUUUGCAAGUCAGCUCCCGGGCGCCAGUUGUCCUCGCUAUCCCAGUGAUGUCGUGGGACUGCGGUCUGAAGUACAUGUUCUCCGUGUCCCCUUCGCUACAACCGAGCAGCAUGUGCAUCCUGCAUGAUAAGGAAGAACUGUCCAGAUUGGAGAUGGUCCAGAGGCUGGCCAAGGAUGGUUGCCGCUUCUUGCAGAAUCACAGCAAGGGCCAAGAGAGGACAAAUGAGCCUGUCCAAAUUGACGAGGCAGUGCGCGUGCAGGAGCGGGGCCGCUGCGUUCUGGUCCUCCGGAGGAUGGCGUCACAACCAGCGAGGGGAGGAGGCAAGCGGGAGGAGGCGGCGGUGGCGGGGAACCGGAGGUACACUGUGGUGUCAGGGACUCCAGGGAAAAUCCUGGAACACCUGCUGAAUGACCUGAAGCUGGAAGAGGACCAGCCGGCCACACAGGGCAAAGACUCAGACACACUUUUGGAUGACUUUCUUCUGACCUAUCCAGUGUUUAUGUCAACUGGUGAUUUAUGUCAAGCUCUUCUGGGACAUUAUUGUUGCAAGCGCUGCCGAUCGAAAGAAGACACAAAGGAGAUUGUGGAGAGGAAACAGAAAGUGGUUCACCUGGUGUCACAGUGGCUACUUCUCUGCAAGGACUUCCUGAGGGAGGACGAGCAUGUCAAGGUGUUCAUGAAGACUUUGUACCGUUACAUGCUAGAUGACCUUUACGAGCACCCCGGCUUGCAGAAGGAUUUGAGGGAGCUGCAGAAGCUCUACCAGUUGCAUCGGAGGCAUACGGUGGAGGAAUAUUCACCUCAAAGAAAGAGCAAAGCACUAUUCCACCAAUUAAGCCUGAAAGAGAACGGAGUCCUGUCCAAAGCCACGCACAGACAGACCAAGCAAGUACCUUGUCAUGUUUACAUCACGAUGGACUCCUACCUGAGCAUGAGGGCCCAUCCUGGUGCUGUGGCUCAGGACUUGCUACAAAUAGUGGCUGAGAGAAUGGGCCUUUCCCAGAAUGAACUGGCGCUGGUGGCCGUCACUUAUACUGGAGGCAGACUCCUUCUGCAGCCUCAUGACACACUUUUCUCCCCUUCCCUGCAGCCAGUGGGAAGGCUGCAUGUUUGCAGAAAGGAUCUGGGUGAAGUCCUGAACCCGUUCACAGAAAACUCAAAACUGCAACAGAGGACUGCUCAUAUGCUUAGUUUAAACACAUGGGAUGUUGCUGUAGCAUUCAGCAACAUUGACUGGGCCAUGUUUGACUCCAUUCACGAGCAAGAGCUGAUCUACUUCACCUUCAGACGUCAUACCAAUGGAAACCACACGGCGGCGCUAGAGUUGCUACUUCAGCGCUUUAAUGAGAUCCAAUUAUGGGUGAUGACUGAAGUGCUGGUGUGCACUGCCCUCUGCCAAAGAGUACAGCUCAUCAAGAAGUUCAUCAAGAUAGCUGCCCACUGCAAGGCACAGCGGAAUCUUCAUUGUUUCUUUGCUAUUAUAAUGGGCCUGAACACUGCUGCUGUCAGCCGCCUCAGUCAGACGUGGGAGAAAAUUCCUGGGAAAUUCAAAAAGCUCUUUUCUGAGCUGGAGAGCAUCACGGAUCCCUCGCUGAACCAUAAAGCCUACAGGGACAUGUUCAAGAAGAUGAAGGCGCCAAAGAUUCCCUUUCUUCCUCUGCUACUUAAAGAUAUAACGUUCAUCCAUGAAGGCAACAAGACUUUCCAUGAUAAUCUAGUAAACUUUGAAAAGCUGCACAUGAUAGCAGACACGGUCCGCCUCAUCAGACAGAGUCAGAAAGAUCAUUUGGGAAACGGCAUGAGCCCAAAGAGCAACUCAGACGUGCGCGCUUACAUGGAUAACCUUCACAUCAUCGACAAUCAGCAGACCCUGUUUGAACUGUCGCACAGGCUGGAGCCUCGGACUUGAAAGCAAAGACUUACCGUAGGCUUCUUCAAACACUCAGGACCAUGUCAGCAAUCUGAGGUCACACGGCCGGACGACCACCAGAGAGAGCUAGUCAAUCAGGAAACGCUUGUCUGACACAGGAGACAAAGACAAGUGUUGUUUUUGUUACCGAGUCUAUUUGUAAAGGUUCAUCCAUUCAGACAUAACAUAUUAUUUAUCUGCAGCCAACUUGCAGAAGUCAAAACUGUUUCAGCAGCAUUUGGCAAAUGGAUCUUUUAGGUUUUUAAAGCGAGUUAAGGCACAUUUGACAUGAGAUAACGCAGGAUAACUGCAGCUUUGCUAACUAAAAUAGAUGAAUAAUAUUAACUUUUGAAGCAAUGAUGUAAAACUGGACAAUUUCCUGAUGAUCUCUCAAAGCACACACUUGUUUAGCCAACGAGCCAAGACAGGUCCUGAUAAGAAGGUUCUUCUAUUCAAACAAAAGCUACAGCUCAUUUUUAAUUGCCUCCUAAAAAGUAAUUAUUUAGCAGACAGCUAGCCACUAUAAUUUAUUAUGAUGGCAGAAUGACGAUGACAAAUUAAGAGUAUUUUAGUAAAGAUGUAUUUUGUUAUGAGAGUACAAAAAUAAUUCUGCAGUUGGUUUUGAUGGGUGAAGAACUACAGUCAUAACUACGAGAAGAAAGUUUAAGCCUUCCUGGUAAAUCACAAAUCCUACUCCAAGUUAUUAGUCUUUGUGCUUAGGUAAGGACGAACAGUUUACGGUAUUAGUGCAGAACGUUGAUGUAACAAUGUGUGGGUGAAAAGUCAAGUACAUUAGUACCAUUUUAAAAAGAAUCCCAUUUAAAUAAAUGCUGUGGACAAUCAGUAAUUAAGCAGCAGACAAACUCAUUUGCAUAUUGUACUCACUCAGAAGUCUUUCUUCAGACUGCAAUAUAAAAGUGCAUCGUUGUCCAUGGAGUGCCGCAAAGCCACAUUUGACCAUCUAGUCUCGUUUACAUGUAUAGUGUCGUGCUGUAGGGAGAAGAUAGAGGUGAUAUUAACGGUCUCUUUAGGGGAAAAUGUGAAAAUGAAUUUCAAGAGGUUCUGCGUAUAGUUAGUGAGAAGUCAUGAAAAAAAAAUACAUUUCCUAACUUAAAACAACUCAUUGCUGCUGCCCUAGAUGUAUCUUGAGUUCAGACUCGGUAGAAUGUAUAUUAUAUUCCAUUUAUUUGUAUAUUUUCAGUCAUGACUGUUACACAAUGCAUAUUUUUUUGUAUUUGUACUUGUAUUCAUGAAAUAAUGUUUGAGCAUAUCCUAUUUAUUUGUUUCAGAAUAAUUUAUUUCUAUUGUCUCAACUUAUUUAGACUUUUUCGACUGGUCUGUGGCAAACCACAGAUUGGCCUAGUGUGCAGCAGAUAAAACAUUUUUCAUAAAAGCAACCUGAGUAAAUAUGAAAUACAUGUUUAUAUUACAACAAUUAAAAAGAAGAAAGAAAAACUCACCUCCUAAUGCCAAACCACUCUUGCCACUCCGUCCUCUGCAACUGUAAAACAAUACUGAGGCACAAAGUUGUUAGAAAAAUGAAGAAAAAAAAAUACGAAAUCAUAUUUCACCUGGGAAGCGGAGAAUUUAAAAGCAGACAAUUCAAAAUUGUGACUGUCGUACAUAACCAAUGAGUGUAUUGACUGACAAACUGGAUGUUUAUUUUGAACAUGGAGUACACAAAUUUUCAAUAUAAAUUGCACCAAAUUGAAAUUUCCACCGUUAUCCAUCAGCACCCAAUUUUACUGACAUUAACCAGGUGUCCUUGUUAGCCUUUUUAACACGAGGCACGUGUGGCCCGCCCGGUGCCUGCUGCGUCUGGCCCGAUGUACCCUGCCAUUUCUGCCCUAAUACGUUGGGCACGUUAUCAUUUCCCUGUCAUCAAAUGACUGGCUAGCAACUGCGGGACGCUAAUGAGAGGAAGAGAGGGAAAUGAAGGGACACGACAGAGAAGACGAGUUCUUCAUUUCCUGUGUGUGUGUGAUACAAACCACAGAGUCAAUCUGUCACCCUCCACAAUUCUGUCUGCGCAUGCAAAGAAAGCAGGGCGGAUAUAGCAGAAACUCAGCCAUUAGUGUUUAAAAAAGCAGGCGGACUAAUUUUCUGCUGUAACUUGUAACUGUUAUUGUGAAAAAAAUAUUCAUUAUUUACCCAAUUUAUUUGUUCUCUAAUAUGUUCACCCAUUAUUUUGUACAAUUAGAAGUCUGGUUAGACCUUUUGAUUUAUUUUGGUUCAUCUGGACAGAGAACAGAUAAAAGAUGUGUAAUCUGA